CCCAUUCACGCCCCGUCCGACUCCCUUACCUGUCCUGUCCUUUCGCCGUCGCACGCUUACGAUACCACCCGCUCGCCAUGUUCUCCACUAAGCUCACUACUCUCUUCGCGGCCCUCGCCGUCGCCGCCUCCGCGGUCUCUGCCGCGCCCGCCACCUUCUCAGGCGGCAAGGUCGACAUCGUGUUCCGCCCGCAGGUCACCGCGCCCACUGCGGGCGACGUGUGGCCCGCGGGGUCGACGCAGACGAUCACCUGGGACACCUCCGCUAUCCCAGCGGAGGCGCGCAACCAGACUGGGCUCAUCCUUCUCGGCUACGUCGAGGAGGGCGACGCGACUGGCAACGAGCACCUCGACACUGCGAACGCUCUUGCGUCGGGCUUCCCUAUCACCGCCGGUACCAUCGAGGUGUCAGUCCCCGCUGUGCCCCAGCGCAGCGACUACGUCGUCGUCCUCUUCGGCGACUCGGGCAACACCUCCCCGAAGUUCACCAUCACGAACUCGACCGCCGCCGCCGCCAGCAGCUCCGCCUCGUCCGCGCUCCCCAGCCUCCCCACCGACAUCGCCGACGUCAUCAUCCCCGGGCACAACUUGUAAGAGCGUAGCUGUGCUCCCUUUGUUCCUGCUUCUGCUGCUGCGACGGACGUAUAGCAUUACGACGACGCUAUUAUAGCACUGCUGAGGUACUUAGUCUUGGGUCGGGACAGUUUGCACGGAUUCUCCGAUACGCUACCGACUCACUCUUGUUGGACGUGAAAUACAUUCUUUUGUCG